GCCGCCCCGAGUAGCUGAAGUCGACCGAGCGUCUCGACAUUCCCUUAUUCUCUUCGUUCGUUCUCAUCCGCGUCAGUUUUUCUCAUUCCCGCCUUCGUCGUGGGGCUUAAAUCGAACGGCGGAGGCGGCUCAGAGCAACGGGGCCAGCGCAGGGCGGAGGCGUUCGGUUCCGAAUUCCGUUUUUGAAUUUGGCGGUCGGGGAGGACGCCCUCCAAUGAAGGGAUGAGUUUUUCGAGUGAGGAGCUGCGGUUCAUGUCCACCGAAUGUGACAUGGCGUCCGCAAAGAGAGUCUGUCAGUAAAUAAAAUUAUAUUUAUGCUGUUUUCAUGAUAAAUUGACGGGAGGGCUUGAUUUAAAGCCGCUCACUUUUUUAAGAGACUCGCAUUGAUGGUAAUGCAUGCAAGGAAACCACAACGGAUCGGCGAUGGGUAUUUCGAGAAACACCAAGCCCAUCCGUAUCAGAAUUCCAAGUAUAGUUCCAAGAACUAUGACAGGGAUAGGAUGCGGGAUAGGGACUCCCCCAACGGGAAUUCUUACAGAUCGGACAGUCCAGAAUGCGACAGCCCGAGGGAAAGGAGUUCCUCUUAUCACAGUAAAUCGGUUUACAUGUCCAAAAGCAGGGAUAAGGAGAGGGAGAACAGAGACUAUAAGAAUAGGGAAAAGUAUUCAGAAUGCGUACGGUCUCCGAAAGACAAAAGGCUGCGGGAAUCCAGAGAAGCAGAGCACCGAACUAACCACGAUAGGAAUAGUACGGAAAAAAAUGAUCUUCAUACGAUGAAGAUAAAUCAGAAUUCUUCUCGAGACAGUUCACAACGGAAGUUGAACUCAUCUUGCCAGGACAAACGAGAAGAGAGAGAAAGAGUAGUGAGGGUUGGUGAUUGGUCCGAACACCUCAGCUCUUCCGGAAAGAAAUAUUAUUACAAUUGCAAAACUGAAGUUUCCCAAUGGGAAAAGCCGAGAGAAUGGUCAGAUCCUAGGCCUCAGCCUAGGCACAAUUACCCUCCUCAAACCAAUAGAACAGUUACAACAGUAUUGGAUAAACAUUCCAACAACAGUCGUUCGAGUGUGAACACAAAUCCGGUGAAAUCAACAAGUAGUGUCAUACCGAGCAAUAGGACUGACAAACCGACAACGGCCAGUAACGCUUAUUGGCCACAGCCAGCCCAUCAUGACUCGAGCCUUGUUGACACAAGAAAGCAAGAUUUAACAAAUAACAGUGGAGUCGAUGGCCAGGCAACAGAUAUGGAGAUCUGUUCUGGGGACAGUACUCCAACAUCUGAGUGUAGUGGGGGAGGUGCUGGUGGGGUGGUUGUAAUAGGUGGAGUGGAAACUGCAAAUGCACCAGGUCCACCUACGCACAAUACGCCUAUUCACGUUGACACCAGUUCCAUACCACAGGAUCCAGGACCUCCCACACCUACACACUCAGAGACACAAGACUGCACCGAUGCAAGAAAACUUGUUAGCCCACCUAGCAGCUUAAGUUCACUACAGAGUUUGGCUGCGGGAUCGACAUUAGCCGCUAUAAGGCCUCAAGCUCCAAACUUGACACCUUCGUUAGCAAACCACUACAGGGACGACCUUGUUAAUCACGUAAGAGGUUGGCCGGCCGAUGUCCUGGAAAAACAGGCACAAAAAAUGGGGGAGGAGGCUCACGGGCUCGGUAGUUUGUGCACAAAGGUGUCCGCAGAGUUGAAAAGUGCACGGUCUACUGUAAGACUUCGAGAGAUUCAAGCAACACUUCAAGAGCAAAGAGUACUGUUUUUACGUCAGCAGAUUAAAAACCUUGAAGAGUUGAAAUCUCAAAAUUCUUUUAUGGCAGAUGAAGCCUAAAAUGCUUUCAUUUUUGCCUGUGUAACAUAACUGUAUAUUUGUUCUUUUAUCUAUAUAACAGACAGCAAAUAAAUUUUAAAAAAAGUUAGUGAUGGGGUACUGAAAACAUGCAGGUCUUAAAAGUGAUCUGGGCCUUGAAAAGCCUUGGAAUCUCCAUUUUUUCUUUUUAAGACCAACUGUUUCUCAGUUGUGUAAAUAUAGUGCUGCAGGAACAACAAUGACGGAGAAAUCUGUACAGAUGCUAUAUUUUGUUAUCUAAAGCUUUGGAAAAAGUGGCAAAUUGACUUGAAUUUUGAAUGAAAAAAAAAAAAAAUUAAAUAAAUGAAAUAAGAGUAAACAUUCAGCUGUUGGACACUCAAGAGUGCGACAGUAGUUUUAUGGAAUAUAAUGUAAUUGAAUUAGCUAUUUAUCCUACACUAGGGUUAUGAUUCCUGUGGGUUAUUGUACAUAGUGACACAUAAGAAACCCGACGUAUACUGUUACUAAAUUUGUCACGUAUUGAAUCUAAGGAAAUGUUUAUAUUUAAAUACACAACGUUUUAUUUAAUUUGUCGAUAGAGUGCAUUUAAAUUUAUGUAUUAAUUUGUAAUUAGUUUGUAAGUUGACAAGAGAGAGUUUUUCUUUCUGUUAAACAGUUUAAUCACAAAAUACUAAACUAUUUUCUUCUAUGGUUUCAACCAGCUGAGUAUUCCUCUCGUCAGGCGGGUGCCUGGUGCUUCUAAAUUAUCUGUGUAUAUUUAUCCAAUUGUUGAUUAUAAGUGUGGUGUAUAAUUUAACUGUGUGAAUCAUAUUGAUAAAAACUGAAUGGGGGGCGUAUGAUUGAAACACUUUCGAGGGG